AUGAACGCUCACACAUCUGCACCGACCUCUGGACCUCUGCGUCCUGUCCUUCCGAAGGAUAACACGCGCUACGACCAAUACACCACUCUUCCUCAGCUUGGGCUCAAUGGUGGGGGACUGAUCCCCGUCGGUGGGCUCCGACAUGCUGCCCCGCCCGCUCGCGGGAGCUGGGUGGCCUUCAUUAACCCAGAAGGCAAGGCGUACUUCCUCCACGUCGAGAGCGCUCAGAUCGCGGUCGUGACGGAGGCGGACCUGAACGACAGGACCAUGCUCGAGCGCGCCUCGCUCUGGGUCGCCCAUCUCCGCGGCCUCGCGGACAGCCUGGUGGCUGACCCUCAUUCGGCGGAGGCAUUUAUCAGCAUCAGCGGGGAUGAGAGUGCUCAUUCGUGUGAGUAUUACAUAGUGGACCAUGCCGCACGCCAGGUCUUCUGGCUCGAGGAGGUGAGCAGCGACGACGUGGGCUUGCACGGAGCCGUGUCAGAUCAUCAUCUCCACGUGCUGCUGGAGGAGCAGUAUUGGACGCACCUGUGCUAUUUCCCGAUGCAUCGUCCGCCCGUCACGGAUGACGUGUUCUACACGCUCAUGACCACGCUGUCGUAUGGAAUCGUCGACGCGAUGACUUCAAGCACUUCCACGGUCUUUAUGAGUGGGAAUGCCCCCGAGUUGAACACAUACCUCUCCGUCCUGGAGCGCUUCAAGUCGAGGGACUUGCGUGAUGGGAAUACGACUUGGAUCGUUGCCCGAAUCUGGCAAGCCAUCUACCAUCAACGCAUCUUGAUACACUACGGAGAAGUGCUUGCCCGUAUCGACCACGAGCAGACUGUCCACGAGGUUGCAGUCCCAUCUAAUGAGACUCUAGCCAUCAUUCUGGCUACACUCACUUUCGGCUUCUCUCGACGCCACCAACGACAGUUGGACGACGCGUUCACGGAUGAAGUCAUCUUCUAUAGUCGCUGGCAAGCUCUCGUCAAGAGCCUGAACGCAGAGUGGGCCUCCUCCAUUCACGGAAGCCUGAUAAGUAUCCUCCUGCAUUUCCCGCUGGUGGCUAUCACGGUGCCCAUCAUGCCCGAUGUUACGCUCCCAGCUUCGAUCGCCCUUUCCGUCUCGGGACUCCUCUCUGGCUGUGUCCUGAGUCAAAUCGGGUCAGAAUUGGAAGAAUUCAACUCCAGUGCUGCUGUGCGUUCCCGCUUGAGAAUGAAAUCAAACAGAAUGAUCUUGACCAUCUGCAGUCCACUGGCAUUCGUGUACGCCCUCCCGCGUGCAUUCCAGAUCUGGGGCACCCUCGCGCUCGGCGUCAACUGGGUUGCGGUGGCCAUCGUCCAUCUCGGACAGAUCCCGGCCCUGGUCCUCGUCGCACUGCUGUGCCUGGUGAUGCUCUUGUCCGCUGGUCUUUUGCGGGUGCUCGAGGCACAGAUCGAACAGAUUACGGAUAGGGUCGGGAGUAUGUGGGCCAGACGGGUACACAGUGGAGAGUAUCAGUUGAUGGUGUAG